ACGAAGUUAGUUUUUUAAAUGAAGAAAAGUCUAUAAUGGACAGAGAAAUAUUAUCGCUUUUCGAUGAAAAAGCUACAACUAUUAACUCAACAAAAUGUCUAUCGUGGUCUCACGAUAACAAGGCUGCAUUAUGCUGUGCAGAUAAACUUAUUAUAAUAAAUGUUAUAUCAAAUGCAAACCUCAGCACUAUGACAGAUGUUUAUAGAACAAUAAUUGAUGAAACUCCUGACAUUUCAACCAACCUGGACAGUUUUUCAUUCACAAGUGAUCUCCUGGUUUUAAAAGCAUCCCUCUCGCGACUCAAUGAAGCAGAAAAACAGAGGUUUAUUACAGAUCCUUCACUCUGUGAAGACUUUAUUUAUUCCAAUGCUAUGUUGAAUUCAUUUAAACAUGCAAUAUUUUCCCCUGUAUAUAUGAGUUCACAAAGACCCCAAAAUCUUCUAGCUGCUCUAACAUUUGAUCAUAGAGUUAUCAUUUUCACUGAUACCCCUACUGGCUGGGUUAUACAAAUGGAUUGUAGCCCUUUAAUUAAAAAGCAGACUUUGUUAAAUAUGAGUCUGCCUCUAACGAUUGGUCAAGACAUUAGUUUGAGUGAUUACAUUGAUUUGAUGUACAGCAUGUCAACUGUUGAGAUUGAGUGGUCCAAUGUGUUUACCUUGAAAGGGGAAACCCCUUUCUUGUUACUUUUUACUGGCACCAGAAAUGGAAAUGUCAAUGCCUGGAAGGUCAACAUUCCUUUUGAAACAAAAGAAGACUUCAUACAUCUGUAUACAGACAAAUAUCAUUCCGAAGUAUCAUCAGUUAAAUGGCUGCCUCAGAAUUUAUACAUGGGUCUGCUGUCUGUCGGCUAUGCUGACGGCUCAGUGCGUGUGCUGGAGGUGUUUGUGGACUCAGAGGACAGCAUUGGUCUGGCCAUGAGGGAAAUAUUUUCUGAUCUGUUGGCCGACAAGCUUGCUAUAUCUGACAUGGGCUGGGCCCACCCAAACAGGGAAACCUCAGUGCUAGUGGUCUGUAAACAAUACUUUCUGUUUGUCUAUGGCUUGAAGGACUACUCCAUGUUUUUUGCUAACAAUUAUCUGGUGGAUUCUGGGAUGCCUCUGUCAUCUAUUUCUAUGUGUGGAGCGCAUGGUGUUGCCUCUUCUCAUGAUGGUCUCAAUUAUAACUUCGAAAUCAAAAUAGAAUCUGGUCAAAUAUCUCUUGACCUCUCUAAGAUGAAUAUAUCAUGUCUGCUCCACGGCUUUGAGAUCCAGUGGUUGUGUAUGGGAACAGCUGUCUCGCCCUCCUCUGGUAUAUGUUUAACUGCUCACAAAAUAAAUUACAGUGCUAAAGUACUCGACUUAAACAAAAAAUAUUUGAACAGACAAAAGGUCAUAAUGACAUCACUUUUAAAAAUGACAAAAGAGGCAGUGAAAGAAAUACUCGUAACUACAGGUGUGUUCCUGUCCCCCCAGCAUACAAUGAUUUACCUCCGCCUCUACAUUCAGCAAAUAUUUAAGAACGACGAAGAUCUGAAAGAUGUGCUAGACAUUUAUUACCUACUAGACAGCUACAACACUAUAAAAUCACUGCAGAUUAUGAGAGACAUGUUAUUGUUUAUGAAACAUUGGACAACAAUAAAGAUACAGUAUGAAAGGGAGCUAGAAUGGGUGAGCUCGUCGUAUGAAGAAACCACAGAACGUCUGCUAGUUCUACAUGUGGAGUCUUGUCUUAGUCAACUCCCUUCUGCUCCUGAUUUGCAAGAGAUUCAGGUAGUGAAGGCCAUGCUGACCUGGAUUAUGGACCAAGACACAAGGCUAACAAGAGCCAAGGAGAGACUUGAUCUGGACUGGUUAAAAAGUGCUUGUCAGGACUCGGACUUUCCCAAGUGUGCUAUCUGUUUUAGUGAGUUCCAACUGAUAGGUCAGCUAAUGGUACAGUGUACAAGGGGACACACCAUGCAUCUGUGCAGCCUGAGUCUCCUGCCCUGCCAGGACCCAUCAGUGAGAACAUGUGAGUCAUGUGGACAUCCAGCAGUCAGCCCAGAGCUUCUCUCAAAUGUGAGUAUGGUGAAGUUACAGUUCAUGUGUGUGUUAUGUGGAGGCUUUCUCAGGCACGCAUCGUAGUACGUGGCCAGACAUAUGGAACACUUGACAUUGUCUGGACACUUCCUAAUACAUCUUAUCAUCAGUCUGGACACUUCCUAAUACAUCUUGACAUUAGUCUGGACACCUUCAUCACUGGAUGCUAAUUAAAGCAAGGCUGCACACAUCCCAAUACAAAUAUCUCACUGAUCAAAGUCUACUUCAAUAAACAAUGUACAGUGUCUAAAGAAAGUUGUUGCUGUUUUUUAGUCUGGUCCU